AUGAAGCUGUACAAAACCUCGCCCCUCUCAGCGGAGGAGGGCCCCCCCCACUCCACCCACCGCCGAGAGAAGCGCUGCUCCUGCGAGAACCAGAAAGACAAGGAGUGCAUUUUUUUCUGCCACAUCGGUAUCGUCUGGGUCAACGCGCCGAGCCACGUAGUCCCGUACGGAUUUGGAUCGGUCCGACUGAGGCGAGAGAUCGGCCGCUGCCUCUGCACACACACACGGGACACAGAGUGUGGGAACUUCUGCUCCGUGCAGACUCAGACACAAGAGGAAAAUGCAGCGACGAAGAGGAAGACUGACAAACAAUUGAAGAGAUACCAAGCUGCAUUCUGGGAAAAAAGAAGCCGACACGCACUCAAACACCAGACCUGAGCCGAAGAAGCAGGAGACGUUCAUGCAUCAGAUAUAGAAAGUGUGUGUGUGUGUGUGUGUGUGUGUGUGUGUGUUAAGGCCAUGUAAUAAUGACGUGUAACAACAGGACUGCUGGUGUUUUUAACAUUUGCACACAGGGAGGGGAGUUGAACCUGCGACCUUUGUGUUGGUUGAUGAUCUCGGAUGAUUUGCGUCUCUGGGAGGUGGAAAACAUUUCACUUACACAGCCUCGGGAGGAGGAAGGCUUCUAAAUUAUUUCUGUUUUCUAACCCAAAGAUCUGU